AGCCUCGCUACGGGGCGGAGCCUCGCUGGUCAGCAGGGGCAGAGUAGAGAUCGUCGCCAAAGCGCGCGGUUUAUUUUCUCUUAGCUUUGCGCGGGGCAGGCUAGCUUUUAGGAGUGAAGAGGGUACGCAGCAGUUACCCAACAAUGUCCGGUGAGUCAGGCCAGCCUCAGGCUGGUCCCUCACAUGCUGGGCUAGAUUUGCCGAACCUUGAGAGAAAUCGGGCUGGGGUCCCCGGAGGGGUGAUACGAAGGGCUGGUGCCCAAGCGCCCAGGUCCUGGAUCCAAACGGUUCUUGACCAGAUAAUCGGCUCACCUCGCCAGUGGGUCACCCCCUCUGAGGUAGUGCCUGUCUCUGUGCUAGCCGUCCAAAGGUACCUGUUAGAGGAUGAGCCGCGGGACACGGUGCCCAAGCCUCCUCUUUACUGCUAUGAUGUGACGAUCUCAGACGGGGUGUACCGGGAGAAGUGCUACCUGGACCCCAGCUUAAACUCUCUCGUCCAUCAGAAUAUUCUUAAAGUUGGCAUAGAAAUGAAAAUCUCCAGAGUCUCUUGUCUUUACAACGAGAAAAGGUUAGGCCAGGGGAUCCUGUGCAUAGAUAAUGUCCACUGUGGGGAGACCUCAGACACGAUUUCUUUAGAAACUCCCUUUAGAAAUAGGGCGCACGGGGAGAAACCAGAGAGGCCUUUAAGGGGCGGGAAGAGUCAUUACCUGGCGCUGUGGAAUAACGAAGAUCCAUAUGGAGAUAUCUGGUUAACCAACAAGCAACCUGAGGAACACAAUUUUAGCGAUACCAAAAUAAUUUCACUUUCUCACCUUGAAAUGACCUGGACUAACAGAAGAAGUUUCCCUGCAUUGCUUGUGAGGAUCUUGCAUAAAUCAAAACUGCGAUACUAUGGGAAACCUGAUAAAAAGAUGAUUGAGCCAUACCAGACCUUUUUGGAAGUUGCUGACAAUUCAGGCACGGUGUCAGUGAUUAUGUGGAAUGCCCUGUGUCCUGAAUGGUAUAAAAGUUUGCGGGUUGGUUUAGUUCUUCUGCUCCAAGAUUAUUCUGUUAAAAAGAGUUAUCCAUUCAGGAUGCAGCCUCUCCCUGUGGAUCCAGAGAUCAAACCAAUUUCUACAAUGGAAAUCUGCCUGAAUCUUCGAGAUCCUCCAACAAAUAUAAUCAUCAUUCCAGAAAAGCAGGUGAAACCAGAAUGGAGACUGCCAAAAUUAAAUCACCGAUUUAUCACAAGAUCAGAACUGGAUGAUAUGCCAGAAAAUCGUAUCUGCGAUGUAAUUGGCAUUUUAGUUUUCGUAGGAAGGGUCCAGAGGUCAAAAAAGAAAGAAAAUGGUGAAGAUUUUUGGUCAUAUCGCUGGAUUCACAUUGCUGAUGGGACUUCAGAGCUACCAUUUAUAGUGGAACUGUUUUCUACAUCUCAGCCAGAAAUCUUCGAAAAUAUUUACCCAAUGACAUAUUUUGUGUGUACACAAUUGAAAGUUGUCAGAAAUGACACUCAAGUACCUAAACUGCUUUACCUCACCACUACCAAUGAGAGUCGAGUGUUUAUUACUGGAGGUCACAAAGGCCAGCCGUAUACCUACGAUGCCAAGGUAAAAAACUUUAUUCAGUGGAUUAAAACACAGACCGAUUCUGGAGAAGUGAAGAAUACUGUUAUUGGUGGAUAUUACCCCUAUCCACCAGUGCCAGAGACAUUUUCCAAGUAUAGUAGUUCAAUUAAAGUUGAGUCGCUCUUGACAGCUAUAAGUGAAGUGAAAAAGGAGAUUGAAGACUUACAGUAUAGGGAACAAAAGCGCAUUGCAAUUCAGGGGAUAAUUACGGUUAUAAAGUAUGUCCCUUAUAGCAGCGCAACUGAUAAUGCCUCAGCACCAGAAACACCUCGGAAUGCUAACCAACCCUCAACAUCUCAAGCAGCUAGAGGAGAAACUCAAAGUCCGGAGAGAAAUGUUAAACGACCUCUAGAUGAUGUGCCUAGGUGUUCUCAGUGUUUUCAAGUUGCAUCUGCAAGUUUGAGUGUGAGCAAUAAAAUAAGAAUUCUUCAAGGCCCAUCUGCUAAACCAGUUGCUGUACCUCAGCCAGAAGCUUCUGUACACAUAAAAGGAACUAAACCAGGCGUGGCAAACGUCUCCCCACGUCGAGAAGGUGGACUCUCAACUCCCCUAAGGAAAGCCAGAAAAACUAUAAGUGAUAGGUGGGAGAGUCCGCUGUGGAGAGAAAAAAAGUUUGGCUUAAUAGAUCACCUGCAUUACAGCCACGUUUAUCCUGAAAGUAUUCCGCGGAAAUUUAUUUUCGAACACAGAAAGUUUCUUACUGAGCAGUAUAAUUCUCAGCCUGCAAAAUACGUACCACCAGAAGGAAGGCCUCCAAAACUUGAUGAUUUUAAGAGUGCCCGAUGCCUUGGACAUUUUGAAGUAACCCUCCUAGGUCUGAACCAUGAGAUAGCAAUUGAUGUCGCAUUCCUACCCAUGUAUUGUCCAGAAGAUGUCCGAACAUCUCAAAUAGACACAUUGUUAACCAGCAUGAAUUACAGCUGUGUAUAUCCACAGGAAUUAACUGGCAAUGACCGAAUCCAAGGUCCAAGAGCACUUGCCGGUGAUAUUAUAAAAGCAGCAACUGAACUGGAUAGAGUCCAUAUCAUCGGUAUCUUGGAUAUCUGUAAUUUGGGUAACAAUAAAGUGGAAGUGUAUUUGCAGAAAAUUUAUAGUCCAAAGAAUACUUCUUAAAAAUUAAAAAAUGAAAUUAUUACAGAUUAUAAAGAAGGCACUACUUUAAAGAUAUUCUAUCACAUUGUUGGUAAUUCAGUAACCGUUUUCAGCAAAAAUAUUACGUGAGUUCUAAAGUUAAGUGGUUUUAUGUUCAUCUUGUAUUUGGAGGUAACGUACUUCAUUUUAGAUUCAUGAUUGAAAACAAGGUCAUCAAAGUAAUUUCUGUGUAUCGGGAAAUCUACCUUACUUCUGUAUGACUCUUAUCCUGACUUAUAACAAUAAUUUAUGUUCAGUGUUCUAUUCGUGAAGUGUACUUUUAUUCUAAAGCCUCAGUAUAAGGCAUCCUAACUUAUAAGAGUAACUUUUCUUGGAGAUUUAACAUCCUUCCAGUGUUAUUCACAUGUAAGGAGAAAUUAUAAAUUGCCAAUCUGAAGAUUAAAUUCUCCUAAAGUGAUCAACCUGCAUUUCUCACAACCAAGGUAGUUUCUAGCAUUUGCAAAAGCACACAUGGAUUGUUAUGGUCCAGUUGUCCCUGGUCUUUUGUUUAGCCAGUUGUAAAAUGAAUGUGCUGAAUUAAAUUGUUGUAAGGUUUAUCCACCCCAUAUCGUGACUUUGUAUGCCUUGAAUUUCUCAAUAUUUUGACCAGUGUGUUGAGAUGUUAAAGCCAGAGGCUGCAGUAUGUCUGUAUUCUUGCUGUAUUUGUUUGUAGCUUCAAUAUAUGUAAUGUGAAAUUUUUAUCUCAUAUUAACAUUUCAAAUGCUCGUAUGGAAAGUGAAAAACAGAAACUAAGGGAAUUGAUUUUAUUCUGGUUGUCUAUAAUACUUCAUUUUAAAUGAAAUGGCCACUCUGUAUUUGUAAGUCUCUGUGAUUGACAUCUGUGUGGUUUUUUAGAUGAGCCAAAAUGACCAUCAAAUGAAUUUAAAGAUUAUUCUGUAUCAAGAUAAAUCUAAUUCUAGUUAAGCUAUUAACUUGUGAGAUUUUCUUGUAGCCCUAUAGUACUGUGACUUCAUUUGCUAUACAUUUUAAAUGUGUUGGGCAGCCUACAAACCUAAAGACAUAAUGCAGUUUGUUCAUAAAUGUGUUCGGUCUUUUAUUCUUUAUAAUUGUGUUUAAAUGUUAAUUAAAAUAGUGGAUUCUUGUUGUGUUACAGUUUUAAGUGUAUUAUUAAAGAAGUUAAAAUACA